AUGUUGCCACAAGAAGAAAGUAACGACUUUUACCCAAUCAUCCUGACUGCUCCUCAGUCAGACUGCUGCAGCUCCAUGGAUCUGGACGAACUACUGCCGAUCGAAAUGGAAAUGCUGAACUCAACAUCCUCCAUUGUGUCCAAGGGGAUUCGUAAUGUUUCGUUUGGUGCAAAGGACUCUGUCGCCUUCAUUGAAUCAUCAGAAGAUUGGACUGAUGAAGAACGGGACAACACUUGGUUUACUCCUAACGAAUUGGAUCGCAUCAAGAAGCGGGCAAUCAAACUUUGCAAACAUGAAUCGCUAGGCCUGGCAAUACCAGUCGAGGAUUCCACGAGAGGCAUGGGAAUCUACUUUCCCACCCGCAAAGAGGCUCAUGCAGAAUUCGUCUAUCAAGUGCUACUCGCAUACCACGAUACCUAUGCUGGAGACUCGGACUAUGUUGCACAUCUCGCCGAAGUGUGGAGUGUGGCAAACAAGGAAAUGGCCCACACAGUCGCGGUGAGGGACAUGUACGAAGCUUACUUUCCAAACAUGUUGGAGAAACAACCGAAAAAGAAGACCAGUGGGGUGCGCACUCCAACAUCGCAUUCCUCGUCCCUUUCCCCCAUUCGAGAAUCGCCACGCAAGACGGUAUCCAGCCAUAAGAGAGACUUGAUUGACCGACAUUAA